AGAGAGGCAGAGACAGAGCUAUGGCUUCUCCCGCCAUGAAAACCUUCCCUUCGGAAGCCGAUGCCAAAGCCCACGAGUUGCUUUACCAGCGUUGCACCGACUUGGUGUCGUCAUGGCCGGGCUGCGAGGGCUUGGCCUACAUCCAGCUCUUCCGCCACGAGAAAGGAUGGUACAGCGGCCUCUCACCUCACGUCGGGACAAUGGUCGCCGACGCGUGCUUCGCCGCACGCCCCUCCGACGUCGUCGUCGCCACCGUGCCCAAGUCCGGCACGACGUGGAUCAAGGCGCUGCUCUACCCCACGGUGCACCGGCGAGAGCACCACCCUGCCGCCGCCGGCGACCACCCUUUCAACUCCCUCGGCCCCCACGAGUGCGUCAACUGGCUGGAGUACCAGCUCUACGCGGCGAACAGGUUGCCGGACCUCGACGGGCUCCCCGAGCCGAGGCUGCUCCCGCGGGCCGUGGCGGCGUCGGGCUGCAAGGUCGUCUACGUGUGCCGCGAGCCCAAGGACAACCUGGUCUCCCUCCUGGAGUUCGUCAACAGCUACAACGCUCGGAACGGCAGGGAGCUCGUCACGGUGGACGCCGCCGUCGACUUCUUCUGCGACGGCAAGACGUCGUCGGGGCCGUACUGGGAGAACGUCCUCGGCUACUGGCGCGCGCACCUGGCGCACCCGGAGCGGGUGCUCUUCUUCAGGUACGAGGAGAUGAAGCGCGACCCGGCGGCGCACGUCCGGAGGCUGGCGGAGUUCGUCGGGCUCCCCUUCAGCUCGCGGGAGGAAGACGACGGCGUGGCGGACGCCAUCGUCAGGCUGUGCUCGUUCGACAGCAUGGCUGGCAUGGAAGCCACCAAGAGCGGCAAGACGCGCCUUCCGGUCGGCGACGUAGCGAACAGCGCCUCCUUCCGGCGUGGCCAGGUUGGAGACUGGGCGAACCAUCUGUCGCCGGAGAUGGUGCGAAGGAUCGACGCCAUCACCGAAGCUAAAUUUGGAGGUGAUGAAGAUCUGCUGGUAAGCCUUGGGUGCUCCAACCAUGGUAUUCUCGGGUUAACUCUUUUACACAAAACGAGGAUAAAAGUGUAAGCGGGAUACUAUAUGAAGAUGGAUUGGUUAUACGUAGAGCGAACUAAUCCGGAUUUUGGAGAUAGACGGUUACAACAGCACAUGCCAGGCAAGACUUCUCGAAAAACAAAAUGCUUAUCAGACCAUUCGAGUCAAUCUGCACGGCCAAUCCAACAGCUAGACACAUGACAUUUUUUUAAAAAAAAAAACUCAUGUAUUUAUUUAAUUAAAUUUAGUUAGUUCAGAGACAUACACAUACAUGAGUGAUGAUAGUGCUAGAGUAGAGCAUGCAGAACUGGGAUACAGAAGAUAACUUAACAAGAAUAUGAUAAGGCAGUCAAGUCAUUUUCUUGUCUUUCCUGGGUUGUCGACGGCAGAAGCCUGUAGCUUAAGCUUGGCUCCGGUGGUGGAAGAAACCAUGUGAGCUGCAAAAGAGUGAACCUUUGCACAAUCCCAAAAGACGGGCCUCACACAAAUGGAGGUUAGGGCGAUGGCAAUCAAUUCAUAACUUCAUCAACGCCUCAAAAUAUUUUCACUGGAGCAUAUCUAAAGAUUCAACGCACGGCGAACUACAGAAAACCAAGUGGCAUAUAUACCCGAAUGGGGUUUCCUAUCCGAUUCUCAAUAGUUCAAAUUAACUACAUUUACCUAGCCGGCUAUUUAGUAC